AUGUCUAAGAUUGAGAAGAAGACAUCACGGUUUGGUGAUUUGGAAGAGAUGGAGGUCCCCUUCAAUACUGCGAGGCAUAGUAAGGAAGGGAAUAUUCGAUCCCAAUUAUCACGAAGCAUCAAAAUCCUUAUGCGUGAGCUCCUUUCAAUUCACCCUGUAUUUCACAUCUCCCUUCUCAAGAAAGCAAUUGGGUUGCGUAUGGUAACCAAGAAUCUCCCUAAAUUGUACCCAAACUCUCCACCUCAACCAGUUGCCAUACUUGACAAGAGAUGGAACAAGGCUGGAGUCUAA